AGUGGAGAAGUAAAUCACUUUUCCGGAUCUCUCUCCGAAAGGACAACGCAAUUUUCCGGCAGGGUUUGCAAAGGGAACGAAACGUCGGGUCACUCUUAUCCUCCAAAUCAUCAGGAGAGGAGACCCUCCCACUGCACGCCACGUGGCUCCCCCAACUCCGAAAGAGAGUCCCCCACAGGCGCACGUUAAUCUCCGCCGCCCUCGCCCCCUCCUUUACCGCCGCCUCUCUCUCCCCCUCUCCCCCCGCCCAUCUCCGCCGCCACCCAUCUCACUCUCUCUCUCUCUAUACUGCUCAGCAUGCCCCUCCUCCUCUCUCCCCCCUCCACCACUUGUCCCCAUGCCUUCCUCUCCCCGCCUGCCCCACCCAUGCCUCUCCCCCGCCUAAGCCCCCUCCACAUCAGACGCCGCCUCGCCUCCCUCGCCGUCGCCGCCGCUGUCCGCCAGGACACCAUCGUUUGGACUCCCGCCCUGCUCUCCGAGGUCGAGCCCGCCGCCGCCUCCCUCUUCCACAUCAGCGUCGACGUCUCCGAUUCUUCCGAGCUUGCCGGCUCCCACAACCGCCCGGGCCAGUACCUCCAGCUCCGCGUCCCUGAUGCACCCAAGCCUUCGUUCCUGGCCAUUGCUUCGCCGCCUUCCCUGGCAGCGUCCACUGGGCGGUUCGAGUUCCUGGUCAAGAGUGUGGAGGGCACGACUGCUGAGGCGCUCUGUGCAUUGAAGAGGGGGGAUGUGGUUGAGCUGAGUCCGGUCAUGGGGAAAGGAUUCGAUAUCGCCCGCAUCGACCCUCCCAAAGAUUACCCCACCGUCUUCAUCUUCGCCACUGGAUCAGGAAUCAGUCCUAUCAGGUCACUCAUUGAAUCUGGGUUCAGCGCGGACAAGAGAUCCGAUGUGAGACUCUAUUAUGGUGUCAGAAACCUCCAACGAAUGGCUUAUCAGGAUAGGUUUAAAACUUGGGAAUCUUCCGGUGUAAAGAUCGUGCCAGUACUAUCGCAACCAGAUGAUGGUUGGACUGGUGAAACUGGUUAUGUACAGGCAGCAUUUAGCCGAGCCAAGAAGGCUUUUACCCCUAUGUCCACUGGUGCCGUGCUUUGUGGGCAGAAGCAGAUGACUGAGGACCUAAGGGCUACCCGAAUUGGGGGACUGUGCAGACUGAAGUUUGGGGCUGCCUGUGACGAGUUGAGAUAAAGGAGCUAAGGAUAAGAUGAAGGGCAAUGUUUGUAUGGUGUUAUGCUUUCUAUGUAUUUGGUUCUAUGGUUUGUUAUU